AUGUUCCAGCGCAUCGGCCACGUUGGCCAUAGAAAUGACAGACGAAAACCGGGGAUUAUUGAGAAGCAUGGCUCGCGUAUCCUGCCUAGAAAGUGCAUACUUCCGAUUAGAGACAACCCAUCGGAAUGCCACCGCGCACACAAAGGUCUUUUCGUUGGCCUCCUGCUCUUCUUGGCGACCCUCGUUGUGUUGGCCCUCUUCUACAUCUUCAUGCGAAGCCACAACUACAGCGGUGCCAUCACGCUCUACCAGGCCAGCUACAUCACCCUCUUCUCCGUCGGCAUCGUAGCUGCUAGCAUUGCCCUCUAUCAGCUGAGGGUGCUUAGCUUGCGUGAGCUCUCUGAGGAGGACGCAUUCGACGACAACCUCCUCCUCAUCGGUCUGCUGGGCAUGCUCUUCUACGACAUGUUCCUACUCGUUCCGGCCGUUGAGGCCAAGGGAGAGAAUUCAACAGCCGGUUCAAUGUUUGUUGGAAAGGCUAUCAUCGAAAUGGUCCAGGCUCUGUUACAGGUAUUCCUAAUCCUUGAGGGCUCCCGACGUCAGGCAGCCACGGUGAAUCACAUGGCGAGAAAACCGGGUCGCACCAUCAUCACCUUCCUGCUUAUCCUCAACCUCGCCAUGUGGAUUUUCAAUACCUUCGGGCUGAAAUACGCCGAAAACCACUCCAUCUAUCGAUCUUAUUAUACAGGCAUUGCUUGGAAGAUUAUCACCCACCUGUCCCUUCCACUCAUCAUAUUCUUUCGUUUUCAUUCAACGGUGUGUCUAGCUGAUAUCUGGACUAACGCCUACCGCAUGCACUCUUGUGCUAGCGUGUGA